GCCGGUGACGCGCCAAACCGGCUUUGACUCUCCCCGAACUCUGUCUCUGGGUAAACUGGAUUUGCAUUCCCAUUUGCAUUCUGCGGUUGUUCUUAUCAUCGCUUGAAUGAGGUUUCAGUUGUGGCCAAACUGUGGAGCAGGAAUGUUGGUGAAUGCCAAUUGGGUUUUGUCCGCUCUGUGGCUCUGCUGCAGGGGCUUCCCCCAGGUCGGGGCUCUUCCCUGCCGGACUCUGGCCUGGCGCAGCUUCGAGUGUCGUGAAUUAGCCAGUCUGCAGGAUCUGUCUGAUGUGGGGGCCGAGAACUGGCAUUCAUUGGCGGUGAGAAAUGAACGCACAGAACUGGCCCUAGACUCAGACACAAGCGUCGAGUAUUUGGCCAAUCUGGUCGAGUUGGAUCUAUCUGCAGUCCAACAACUGAAUCUACACACCCAGGGCUUCUCCCUUUUGCCCAAUCUGCGGCACUUAAACAUCAGCGGCUGCGGUCUGGGCGAGCUCCAUGGCAGCCAUUUUGCGGUUGAGUCAGCGCUGCAGCACCUCGAUGCCAGCCACAACCGCCUGGAGCUGCUCACAAAGGACGUCCUCGGCAAUCUGCGCAAAUUGAUUUAUGCCAAUUUCUCACACAAUGCCCUCACCGGCUGCGAGCUGCCCCACUUACCGCUGCUCAAUCGUCUGGAUCUUAGCCACAAUCGACUGGUUAAUGUCAGCUUCGGUGUCUGCCCCCAACUGCAGCAACUGUUGCUCCACGAGAAUCGCCUGGCACAGUUGGAUGUAAGUGCUUUUCGUGGUCUGCAUGGUCUGUUGGAGCUGCAGCUCAGUGGAAACCGAUUGAACUGUAUUGCCCAGGAAACGUUUCUGCCGCUCAACCAGCUGCGAGUGCUGAACCUUUCGCACAAUGCACUCGAUGCCCUGCGUCCCAGUGUCUUCGGAGCCGCCCAAAACUUUGUGCUGAAUCUGCAGCAGCUGGAUCUGGCUGGGAACCACAUACGACUGCUCUUUGACAACCAAUUCAGGGUGUUGCCUCGACUGCAGGCGUUGGAUUUGUCCAGGAAUAGCAUUGCCAGCCUGAGCAGCGGCCACUUUGUGGGUCUUGGAUCACUGCGCAAGCUGUAUCUGCAGUCCAACGAUAUACUAGAGAUCAAGCCAGGAGCAUUUGCGGCAUUGGCCAACCUGGACACUUUGGAUCUGUCGCGCAACAGCCUGGAGUACUUCGAGGAGCAGGCCUUUGGGGGCAACACAUUGACGCGAUUGCGCAAGCUCAACCUGAACGCCAAUCGUCUGAAGCUCCUGCAUCCGCUGGCCUUCUCCUCGCUACCCUUCCUGGAGUACCUGUCGCUGGGCCACAAUGAGCUGCGAUCCCUGGACGUGCGCAUGUUUGCACCCAUGCGGCAUCUGCAGAAACUCCAUCUCGGUCACAAUUUGCUGGAAGAGAUCGGCCCCGAUGUAAUGGACUGCCUGAGCAGCGUCAUGGAGCUACUUAUCGACAACAACAAACUCACUUUUCUGGUUGCUUUGAACGACACCUUUCCCAGUCUGAAUCGCAUUGCGAUCGAGGGGAAUCCCUGGCAGUGCACCUGCUUUGUGGAGCUCCAACAGUGGCUGACUUCCAAGAGGGUGACGUAUCUGCGGGAGAACACUGGCUACUACAAGGGAGAGCGUCCUCUCUGCGUCGUCACGGCGGUGGAUUACUGUAUCCAGAAUUUGCAGGCCGCACGCCGCCAGAAGAUUCACGCCGAUUUCGAGGUGGAGCAGGAGGACACAGAUGCCUUCGAUGAAGACGAUGCCAGUGCAGCAGUAGACUGAUAUUAAACAUAAGCGCAAAAUUGCCUACACAUGUGCUUACAUAUUCACAGAAAAAAAAAGAUAUUAAUUUUAAACAGCAUCCAUUUCUUGAACUAAACGACAAUUUCAUUAAGAAUGUUUUCAGACACAGAGGAUGUAUUGCGUGUAAUAGAUAUAUGUAUCAUUGUUCGGGCAUUGUAAUGUGUGUUUCCGGCGAUCGACUUUGUUUAAAUGUACAAAUUAGCAACUAAAACUCGAGUCGUUUAAGCGGUCUUGACGCGCAGGGCCAGAGCGCUCAGAUCGGCAAUGCACUUGUUGAGAGUCUCCUUCUCCUGCUGGGGCGAGAUGCUGGCCAGCACAUUGGUGGUGAUCCAGUUCACCAUGUGUUUCUGGUUAAGGCGACGCUCAACGUGACGGCACUCUACCUGGUAGUCCAAGCGACGCUUGACCUCGGAGUAGACGUUCAUGGCGCGCUCGCGGAAGGCGGCCUCCAACUGCAAGGCAAUGUUCUCCUUCUUGGCAUCCAUCA